GGUUCCUGGCCCAUAAAAUUUCCCAAAGAAUAUGGGCUUCUCUACGGCCCAUUUGGCAAAACCCUAGGGCUUCCCCUUCCCUUUACUAUAAAAAGAGAUGCAGUCUCCCUUCCUGCCUCAUCACAAAUCUGAAGCGAAGCUCUGCAGAGAAUUCCCGGAGGUCGAAAACCCUAGCCGUCGAGCUCUCUCUCCUUCUCUCCUGCGCCGCCUCUCUCUCUCCUCUCUCUCUCUCCCGCGCGUCGCUCUCUCUCUCUCUCCUCGCCGUCACCCUCUCUCUCUCCUUGCCGUCGCACGCUCUCUCUCUCUCUCCCUCUCGCCGGCGCCGUGAAGUGGUGGUGCUGACCAGAUCUCAACCUUCUCAAUCCUCGUUUCCAGAUCCAGAUCCAGAUCUAAGACUAAGGAUGUUUUCGCUUGACCAUUACGAGUGGAGGAUGCCGCGUAUGCACUACGGACGGAGGAACACCAGGGAGUACGCCCAAAGGCGUCACUACGACAGGGAGGGUAACUUGGUGCUACCCAUGUUUCCGGAUCCUGAAGAACAGUACAGGGAGUUUCCAUUCAGGUACCCGCACGAGCAGACUAUGAAGCAUAAGGUGUUGAUGCCACAUUUCCAGAGGAUGGCUAUGGAGGAACGCCUACUGCAGGGCAAUGCGAGGUUCCAGCUGGCAACCGAAGAGGGACCCCCGAGGAAGCGUGGCCGUCCAUGCAGGACGCCAAGUGCAGCAGGGGGACCCUCAAGGGUGUUCACCGGGAAGUGCCAGUGUGGAGUGCUGAGCAAGAAUGCUCAGGAGGACCGAUCAGUCGCUGGAUACACGGAGGACUUCAUCAACCAAGCCAAGCUGUGCAAACCAAAGAAUGCAGAGACGUGGUGCAUAUGGUAUAAGAACGGGCUACGCAAGGAACUCCAGGCGCAGUUGAGGGGUGUUUUGGAGCCCUUGGAGUUCGCGCUAGUGAGGCGGAUGGCAGGCUUCGCCAUGGAGGCAGAAGAGAAGAUUGCAGCCGAUGUGGCCGCUCUCUCGAGCAUGGAAGGAGGAAACCCAGGUAGGGACGUUGAUGGCCAUGAGGUGCCGGUAGGGGCACCCGCUAAGGGAAAGCGGGGGCGUCCGCGAAAACUACCUACAGUGACAUGUGAUUGUGACGUACUGGUCCAGAUGGUUCAGAAGCCACGCAAGGUGAGAGAUUACCUGGAGGAGUUCUUGGAUACGGCCAAGAUGUGUCAACCGAAGCCAGCUGAGGAGUGGUGUCAUCUGUUUAGGGCUGGGCUACGUGGGGAUAUUCGUGAAGAACUCGUGGGAGUCCUGGAGCCUCUGGAAUUUGCACUGGUGAGAAGGAUGGCUAACCAAGCACUGCAUGCGGAGGAGUGGUUGGCGGAAAAGGAGGCGGAGGCCGAGGAUGACCGCGUCGCAGAGGGCGAGGAAGACCUGGGAUCCGAGUCCCGCUGCCCCUCGCCAUGUCAAUGUGGCUAGACGAGAUCCUAGGGACGAUUCGUAGGAGUAGGACACGUGUUCCGCUAUUGGUUUUAUUUCAUUUAUUGGUUAUGGGGGUUGGUGUUUUUCCCCUUAUUUACGGUAUUCUGUAUUUGUGCAGAUGUGCUGAGUUUUCUUUUACAAACUAUUGUAGUCCUACUCCUUUUAUUAUUUAUGACAUUCCUUCGUUGGUUUUAAAGAUUCCAGUAGAGUUAUCGUGUCAUGUAUGCCUCCCUUGAUUGUUGUGUGAAUGUGUGAAUCCAUUUUGGUAACGAACGAUUGGUCUGAAAGAUGUGGACUUUGGAAUUCGGGGACGAAUUCCGAUUAACGGGGGAGGAUUGUAACGGCCCGGUUCCUGGCCCAUAAAAUUUCCCAAAGAAUAUGGGCUUCUCUACGGCCCAUUUGGCAAAACCCUAGGGCUUCCCCUUCCCUUUACUAUAAAAAGAGAUGCAGUCUCCCUUCCUGCCUCAUCACAAAUCUGAAGCGAAGCUCUGCAGAGAAUUCCCGGAGGUCGAAAACCCUAGCCGUCGAGCUCUCUCUCCUUCUCUCCUGCGCCGCCUCUCUCUCUCCUCUCUCUCUCUCCCGCGCGUCGCUCUCUCUCUCUCUCCUCGCCGUCACCCUCUCUCUCUCCUUGCCGUCGCACGCUCUCUCUCUCUCUCCCUCUCGCCGGCGCCGUGAAGUGGUGGUGCUGACCAGAUCUCAACCUUCUCAAUCCUCGUUUCCAGAUCCAGAUCCAGAUCUAAGACUAAGGUGGAGUGUUUCGAACCCAACCUUCUUUCAUGGUUCUGUAUACUCCUAUAUGUUGGAGUUGGGUUGAUUAGACCCUGUUUGGGAGUUAGGUUGAUAGUACAUGGUAUUGCUAGGAUGAUAGAGGAAUGAAUCAUGAUGCAUAAGAACCCUCAUAUUGAUAAAUGGGACUUGAUGAACUGAAUUGAAUUGUUGUGGUGAUGGCUGAUUGGUAGCUGAUACUUGGUUGCUUGGUUGUGAUGUCCCAUGUGUGGUUGCGAUUGAAGUUAGGAUGCUAGAGAGAAAUAAAUGCUAGGGUGAUAGAUGAACAAUGAUUAUAAAAGUUAUUGAAGUAGAACUUGAAUGCGAUGUGUAUUGUGUGUGACACCGAUAACGGGUGGCGUCUAGUGAUUGAGUCCAAGUACAAGUAGAAAUGAAAAGGGGAAGUAAUUGGGAAUGGAAAGGGUUAAGUGAAAGCGAUAAGGAAGUGAAAGGAUAAGUAAAAGUACGAAAGAACGUUGUUAAGGUUAAGCAUGGGUGGGAAAGCAUAUAGAGAGUCUAAGGAAAGUAGGUGGGGUAAGUAGUCCACGCUAGGUAUCCAUAGGAGAUGUGGCGAAUCCACAUGAAUAUGGAGGCACCCAUAGGAGAUGUGGCGAAUCCACAUGAGUAUGGGGUAGAAGCCUAGUGGGGGGCUACCCACUGAGGAAAAGAGGAAAAGAGGAAAAGAUGAAAAGAGGAAAAGACGAAAAGGAUAUGCAUUGUAGGGUUUUAGCUCAUGGUCGGGUACAGGAAGUUAAAGAAGUCAUAGGAUUUAGUCGGACUGGUAAGAUGAGUCGGUUAAGUCUAGGGAUGGCGUGUGUGGCAAUGAGUGAGAUCAUUGUAUCGAUUGAUUACUAGGUUGUUAGAAGUGAAUGGAAGUGUGUGUAGAAAUUACAGAUGGUGAUAGGAAAUGAUAAAAUGCAUUAACUGAUUGUAGUGGCUAGUCAGUCCUAGUUCCCGCA